AUGGACAACGACAGCGACUACAACUAUGCUGAAGCACAACCUCCCCGUACACUAGACCUACAUGCUUCACAGACACAGCGGCGACGCAAAUUCUCGGCCGUUCUCGGGUGCGGCAUGCUACUCGCCGUGCUAUCUUCCAUCGCCCUGGUCCAGAAACCAGAUGCACACGAACCGGCACAACGCGCUGCAGCACCCAGCACAAGAGACACGUCCCACACGGAAGCAUUUCGCAAAAUCUGCCAGGUUUCCUAUGAAGUCUCAAGCCUCCCCUUCUCCCCCGGCGCCUCAUGGCCAACACUGGACGAAUUUUUGUCCAUCGACGUAUCGGAACCGCCGUUCGUCAUGUCAGACCCUGAAGCCGCAGCGUCGUCAUUCAAACAGCAGGAAAAGGCCGUGCUGCUCGGUUGGGUCACCGCUUACGAGCGGCUUCUCGGAGAAGACGACAGCAGUGUUGAUGGGGCAGACGGAUAUCAAUACUGGCCAUCGGGCGAUGGUGGCAUGAGGAGAACAGCAAACGCGAUGGUGGCGGCCGCCACGACGCUGCAGGAUGCCGACGCACGGGCGAUGUACCUUUACGAGCUGCUUCCCAAGAUGACAGAAGCAGGCAACGCCGCGAUCGCAAGGCGCCGGGGAACGUCAUCUUCGGUAGGGAAGGAGACUGAACGGGCCCGAAAGGAGGCUAUGAUGCUCUGGUUGAGGGACGCAUGUCGAGCGCGAAGGAUGUGGGAGGGCGUGCAGAGUGGAAGGGGAGGACAAAAGAAUGAGGGAGUAGUCUGA